AUGGCGGGGGCGGAGGCCGCAGCGGUGGUGGAUUGGCACACGCGCGCGCAGAACCCGCGCAACCCCGUGGUGUUCUUCGACGUGACGAUCGGGGGCAUCGCGGCGGGGCGCAUCAAGAUGGAGCUCUUCGCGGACAUCGCGCCCCGCACCGCUGAGAACUUCCGGCAGCUAUGCACGGGCGAGAUGAGGAAGAACAACAUACCGCAGGGCUACAAGGGGUCGGUGUUCCACAGAGUCAUCAAGGACUUCAUGAUCCAAGGAGGGGACUUCCUCAAGGGCGACGGCACGGGGUGCAUCAGCAUAUACGGAUCCAAGUUUGACGACGAGCCAUUUAUUGCCAAGCACACCGGUCCAGGACUGCUCUCCGCCGCCAACAGUGGGCCAAACACGAAUGGCUGUCAGUUCUUCCUGACAUGCGCCAAGUGUGACUGGCUUGACAACAAGCACGUGGUCUUUGGGCGAGUGCUAGGAGAUUCCCUCCUCGUUGUGCGGAAAAUCGAGAACCGCGAGAGCGGGGGAGGCGGAGGGGGCGGCAACGUGGGGGGCGAGUGGAGGUGGACGUUGAAUUGGAGUCGCAUAGCGCCCGGUGUCAUUGUCGGCUCCUGCCCUCGCAGCCCCUCAGACGUCGAUCGCAUAGUGGAUGAGAGUGGGGCAACGGCCGUGGUCAACCUGCAGUCCGACCUCUGCUUCGACGCCCUCCAGAUCCCCUUUGCUACUAUCCGCGAGCAGGCAGUGCAGAGGGGGCUGCGGCUGGAGAGGGUACCCAUCCGGGACUUUGACCAUGGCGACCAGGCCUUCAUGCUGCCGGUAGCCGUGCGCAUGGUCAACCUCCUCAUAGCCGAGGGGUGUGACGUCUACAUUCACUGCACGGCGGGCAUCAACCGCGCCACGCUCACAGCCCUGGGCUACCUCACCUUUGUCAAGGGAAUGGAUCUGGACUCGGCUCUCUCGCAAAUCCGCCAGGCGCGUCCAAUUGCGCACCCCUACCUCGACUGCUGGCACUCUGUCAAGGGCCGCCUCCUAGCGGGGCGGGAGGAGGAGCAGAUGGCACUGGCAUCGGAGAUAUACGAGGAGCGCAGUAGGUCAGGAGGGGGAGGCAACGCAUCGGCAGAUUGGCAGCAGGCACAGGCACGUGUAAUCCAGAGGACGUUUGCACGAUAUCUGCAAGUGGAUCAGGGCAUAAUCAGAAGUCACAAAGACGUUCUCCAGUUCGCUGUGAAGCAGCAGCGGGCCGAGCGGAAGGCGAAACGUCUGGCCAAUCUGGCAGCUUUGGCCUCGCUAUCCCAGGAGGAGGAGCGGCUUGCAGAGCUGCAGGCGCAGGUGCGAGCAAAUGCACAGACUGUGAAGCGCACCCGAUGGGAGGCGCUGCGCUUGCAGCUGGAGGCGCAGAGGGUUGAGGGCCAGGCUCUGCUGCUGCAGUGUGCCAGACCAGAUGGCGAAGCAGCGCAGCCGUCAUCCGGUGCGACUCGAGCGUGGCGGGAUGGCGGAGGGUUCCAGCCCCUUGAAGCACCCGCGAGUGGCGGCGGGAAUGGCGGCAAUGGCGGAAGCGGGUCCGUCUACAUCGUGCGCCUGAGCUCCGCGCCGCCGCUCGUCGAAUACCGCGGCGGAAUCGCCGGCUACCCCGCCACUGCCACGUGGGACGACGGCGGCAGCGAGAAUGACGGAGACAACGACGAAGCCGUACCGAAGAUGGAUCUUGCAGCUACUAACGACGCCGCAGGAGCAGAUGCACUGCAUGAAGCGACUUCGAGGGCGGCGAAGCAUGAAGCUGUGGACCUGGACGACAGUACCGUCGUGACUACGACUCCUACUAGCACUGUUGACAGCGCUGCUGACACUGCCACUGCCAAUCAUGCCUGGAGCUCCGCCUUUUCGGGGCCCAACGCAACUGCGUCUUCACCUGCCGCGUCAAACGGUGGCAACGGCGGGCGCGCCGCGCGGCGCCGAAUGCGGCUGAGCAUGGACCGGCAGCAGGUGGCGGCGUUCGCGGCGCUGCUGCAGCGGCAGCAGGCGCAGGUCGCAUCUGAGGCAGGCGUACCCGACUCACACCUCAUCUACAGCUACAAGCACACGUCCAACGGCUUCGCGGCGCGGCUCUCCCCGCGCCAGGUGUGGCGGCUGCAGCGCCAUCCCAACGUCGCGUCCAUGACCCCCAGCCGCAUGCUCCGCGUCCAAACCACCGACUCGCCCAAGUUCCUCGGGCUCCCCGGAAAGGUCUGGCCGGCAGUGGGCGGUCAGAGCAAGGCGGGUGAGGGAACAGUGGUGGGGAUCGUUGAUACGGGUAUUUGGCCUGAGCACCCGUCGUUCAGCAAUGCAGGGAUGAGCUCGAAGCUCCCGGCCGGGUGGAAGGGCAAGUGCGAGCAGUCGAGCUCGUUCCGGUGCAACAGCAAGGUGAUCGGCGCGCGGGCGUUCUACGCCGCGUUCGGCACGCCCUCGCUGCAAAGCGACUGGCUGUCCCCGCGCGACAGCAGCGGCCACGGCACGUGGUUCGCGGGCGCGGCAGCGGGUAACCCCGUGGGCAUGCAGGGCGGCGGGCAGAUGAGCGGCAUGGCGCCUGCAGCGCGCCUCGCCGUCUACAAGGUCUGCUGGUCGCGCAGCAACGGAGGCGGAGGGUGCAGCGGAGCAGAUAUCGCGGCGGCGAUUAAUCAGGCCGUGGCAGACGGCGUCGAUGUGAUCUCCAUCUCUCUAGCCGGCGUGGAUCCGAACCAAGACUAUUUUAGCGACCUACUGUAUCUGAGGGCCAACGCUGCGGGGGUGCUGGUGGUCCUGGCUGCGGGCAAUGGAGGAGCGCCCGGGCGGUCGCAGGGAGGUGGAGCUAACGACAUUCUCAAGCCAGAUAUCAUCGGUCCUGGCGUUGACCUUGUAGCCGCUUUUCCCUCCAAGAAAAUUGGUGAGCCGGGCACGACCGUGCGCCUCACGGGUACUUCCAUGGCCACCCCGCAUUUAGCGGGGCUAGCCGCGUUAAUCAUCCAGAAGUACCCCAACUGGACCCCGGCUCAGGUCAUGUCUGCAAUGAUGACGACAGCGAGGUUUACAGACACGAGCAACAGCCCUAUUAAGAAUGCCGGCUUGUCCGGAGGAGACGCAACCCCGUGGGAGAUGGGCGCAGGGCACGUGUUCCCACCUGCCAUGCUCGACCCUGGUCUCACAUACGACGUUCGAGAGAAAGACUACCAGAAUUUUCUCGCCGGGCAGGACCUGAACCGCGCGAAAAAGGAGUUCCCAGGGGCGUCCCUCUCCCCUGUGGCCGUGCGCAAUCUCAACCUGCCCACCAUCACGGUGCCUCGCUUGCAGGGCACGGUUCUAGUCACCCGCACAGUCACCUGCGUGGGCAGCUCUGCGUCUACAUACACUGUAUUUGGGAAGGCGCCACCAGGUGUGCAGUUGUCUGUUGGGCCUGGGAGUUUCACGCUUGCUCCGGGGCAAAAGGCGACUUAUACGGUUAAGUUGGUGGUGGAUAAACCCAGCAAUGACUUCAAGUAUGGGUAUAUAGCGUGGAUUGACGACAAGGGGCACACAGUGCGCUCUCCUCUCGUGGUGCAGCCAAUUUCACGCUAA